CUUUGGAGUUCUCUUUAGUCUAUACAAGACUAUAGCAAUGGAGUCAAAAUCUCUAGCUUCAACUCUCUUCCUCUUCUUCCUCCUCUUUGGAACCUCAGCAGCUUCCCCCACCCUCAAAUCCAAGCCUCAUCAUCCUCUUCCUUGCAAACGCCUCGUUUUCUAUCUCCACGAUAUUGUCUACAACGGCAAAAAUUCAAAGAAUGCAACAUCAGCCAUCGUGGGUGCACCCGCUUGGGGCAACAAGACCAUACUGGCAAAGGACAACCAUUUCGGGGAUGUGGUUGUGUUCGACGAUCCGAUCACUUCAGACAACAACUUGCACUCGACCCCGGUUGGUCGCGCGCAAGGCUUUUACUUGUACGACAGGAAAGUUGCAUUCACUGCUUUUUUCGGGAUAUCCUUCGUGUUCAACUCAACCCAACACAAAGGAAGCAUCAACUGUGUUGGGGCUGAUCCAACGGCGGCUAAGACUAGAGACAUUUCAGUUGUUGGUGGAACUGGUGACUUCUUCAUGGCUAGAGGGAUUGCUACUUUGAUGGGUGAUGAUGUUGAGGGUGAUGUCUAUUUCCGUCUCAAAGUUGACGUGAAGUUGUACGAGUGUUGGUAA